AUUGCUCUUGCUAGUACAGAAGCACUCACAGAGAGAAAGAGACCACCAUAUUGAUUAUGCUUAGUAUUGUUAUUGUUAGAUUAUUAUAAUGGUAAUCACAUCAUCACCAUCACCGUCACUAGUAUAGAUACAGGCAUACAGUAUACUUGAAACUUAGAAAGUCUAAAACUACUACUAGUCUACUACACGAUUAGUCUAUUACUACUGCUACUACUACAGAAACAGAACCCACAGGUUCACAGGCAGUUACUCUUUGUCUUCUUUGUCCUUUGCAUUUGAACAACGCCCCCAGACACUCUUCUACCGAGAAAGGAAGAGUCUUUUGCUCUUUUUUCCGCAAGAAAAGACUCCUUUCACAAAGAAAUGAAGGGGAAGAGUGAAAGUGGUGGUGGAUAUGUGAGAGCAGAUCAGAUAGAUCUGAAGAGCUUGGAUGAGCAGCUCCAGAGGCAUCUAAGCAGAGCAUGGACUAUGGAGAAGAACAAGAACAAGAAAGAUGGAGAAGAAGGAGAAACAGUAGUGCAAAGUCCUCUAAACAACACUAUAACAAGGCAAGAAUGGGAGAUUGCCCCAUCUAAGCUCUUCAUCAAAGGUGUUAUAGCUCGUGGCACCUUUGGCACCGUUCACCGUGGCAUUUAUGAUGGCCAAGAUGUUGCUGUUAAACUUCUUGAUUGGGGGGAGGAGGGUCACAGGUCAGAGGCUGAAAUAGCCUCACUUAGAGCAGCUUUUACACAAGAAGUCGCUGUGUGGCACAAGCUUGAUCAUCCUAAUGUAACUAAGUUUAUUGGGGCAACAAUGGGCUUGUCAGAGUUGAAUAUACAAACAGAGAAUGGUCACAUGGGCAUGCCAAGUAAUGUUUGCUGUGUUGUUGUUGAAUAUUGUCCUGGGGGUGCUUUAAAAUCUUACCUCAUAAAGAACAGGAGAAGGAAGCUGGCGUUUAAAGUGGUUAUGCAAUUGGCACUGGAUCUUGCACGAGGGUUGAGCUAUCUCCAUUCUAAGAAGAUUGUCCAUAGAGAUGUUAAAACAGAAAAUAUGCUUCUGGACAAGACAGGUACAGUGAAAAUAGCCGACUUUGGUGUUGCUCGCCUGGAAGCAUCAAAUCCUAAGGACAUGACUGGAGAGACUGGAACACUUGGCUACAUGGCACCUGAGGUUCUCAACGGCAAACCAUAUAAUCGAAAAUGCGAUGUGUACAGUUUUGGAAUUUGCCUGUGGGAGAUAUACUGCUGUGACAUGCCAUAUCCAGACCUCAGUUUCUCAGAAGUAACAUCUGCUGUUGUCCGACAGAAUCUGAGGCCAGAAAUACCCCGUUGUUGCCCAAGCUCUUUUGCCAAUGUAAUGAAGCGAUGCUGGGAUGCAAAUCCUGACAAGCGGCCUGAAAUGGAGGAGGUUGUGUCCAUGUUAGCAGCAAUCGACACAUCCAAGGGUGGAGGUAUGCUCCCUGUAGAUCAACCUCAAGGCUGUCUCUGUUUCCGCAGGUACCGUGGGCCGUAAAUGUUGUUUCCAGGAUUGUGGGACAGUGUAUUCUAAAGUUUGAAUUGGUAUCUUAUUCAUUUGAAGAUACUGGGAGGUGGUUAUGGUAAACUGCGGAGGCUAGAAGCUAAGAGGAGCCCUGCAGCAACUGUUUCUUUAUCAGAUAAAGCAUUCUGUAAAGCUCUUCUUUUUCUUUUACCUUGUUCUUGCUCUGAUUUGUAAGAAACAUGCAUCUUAUUUGACUGGCCAACAUACAAAUGACAAAUUUGAAUCUGUUCACUUUC